GGGACACACCAUGGCUUCUUAUUAAGCAUGAAUGCUAAAUCACUGAACAAAUAUCUCGACUGUGUGGCCUACAUGCUAACCACUCGGCCAGGAGGUACAGCACGGCGGUCAUAUGAGCAGCAGAAGAAGAAGAAGAAGAAGAAGAAGAAACGGUAAUGGAGGACUUGUUCCGUUGGAUGAGGAGGUGCUGCUGUGGCGAUGGCGACGAGGCGAGAGAAACAAACAAGGAAGAGGAAGAAAUGGAAGGGCUGAGGAUGGAGGAGAGCGUCGUCAAGAAGAGCCGAAGUUCUUCAUCUCUUCCGGCUGCUCAGUUGGACCAGGAUGUUCCUGGCAGGGAUCCCCACUGGUUCCACACGCUGCAGAUGCGACGCCUUCGGGUGCAGCGAGGGCGUAGUAACAGCGACCCGUGGAGCAGGAAGAGCUGCCAGGAUCUCUCCAUCUGGGUUUGGCUGUUACACAAACGUACACUCGAUGCUACCUCUGCUAACUUCUUGAUGCGACCAUGUGUGUGUGUGUGUGUGUGUGUGUGUGGUCAGAAAGCACAGCUCCAGUUCGGAACAGCCAACUCUUACGUGAGUCUGGAGAAACUCGGUGAAGGCUCAUACGCGUCCGUUUACAAAGGCAUCAGCAGGAUUAACGGGCAGCUGGUGGCGCUGAAAGUGAUUGAGACAAAGACGGAGGAGGGGGUGCCGUUCACCGCCAUCAGAGAAGCGUCUCUGCUCAAAGGCCUGAAACAUGCCAACAUCGUCCUCCUCCACGACAUCAUCCACACUAGAGACUCGCUCACCUUCGUCUUCGAAUAUGUGCAGACGGACCUGGCCCAGUACAUGAACCAGCAUCCGGGCGGUCUGCACUCUCACAACGUACGGAUCUUCAUGUUCCAGCUGUUGCGGGGCCUGAACUUCAUCCACGGUCGCCAGAUCCUCCACCGCGACCUGAAGCCUCAGAACCUGCUCAUCAGCUACUUGGGAGAACUCAAACUGGCUGAUUUUGGUCUGGCCCGCUCCAAGUCUGUCCCCUGUCAGAGUUUCUCAUCAGAUGUAGUUACGCUAUGGUACCGGCCCCCGGAUGUUCUGCUGGGUUCUACAGAUUAUUCCACAGCUCUGGACAUCUGGUACGUGUGCUUCAGGUGCGACGUGGAACACAGACUUGAGCUUGAUAUCAUUUCGAUGUGUGUCAGGGGAGCCGGGUGCAUCUUUGUGGAGAUGCUCCAGGGGGCGCCGGCAUUCCCCGGACUCACUGAUGUGUUUGACCAGCUGCGGAAAAUCUGGACGGUUCUUGGCGCCCCGUCAGAGGACAACUGGCCUGGACUGACCCGACUCCCCAAUUAUCAACCAGACUGGUCUCUUCCAUCCGAGUCCAAGCCGAUUCGCUGCGUCUGGAAAAGGUUAAACCAACUUCCAUAUAAAACCGAAGAUCUUGUCCAGAAGAUGCUGAUGUUGGCGCCCGCAGACCGGAUGUCAGCGGCGGACGCCCUGCACCACCCGUACUUUAGCGUGCUGCCGCAGCCCGUCAUGCACCUGAGGGACACCGUCUCCAUCUUCAAGGUGCCCGGUGUCUACCUGGAGACUGAGAUCCGUGACACCUUCAACCCCAGCAGGCCCAGAGUCAGACCUUCACUGCUAUCGACCGCUAAGUUCUGGUGACACCAUCAACUCCAACAGACAGACUUUGUCUCCGCUCAGAGGGAAAGUCGUCGGUAUGGCGUCUGUUUGCAUCAGCUAGUGUCUGUUAGCAUCUGAUAGCAUCAGUGAGCACCUGAUAGCAUCAUUUAGCAGCUGUUAGCAUCAGCUAGCAUCUGUUUGCAUCUGACAGCGUCAGAUUACCAUUUACCACAUUCUAAAUACACAUUACAUCAUUAGAGCCCUCUAGACAUGAUAUAACACCCCUAUAGUCACCUUUACACUUCAAAGACCCAAUAUAGUAGACAUCAUAAGAGAAAAUACGACAUAUUAGGCAUAAUAACCCUGAUUAGCACCUUCUCAAUACACUUUUUAACGUCCUUAGAGCCCUCUAGACAUGAUAUAACACCCCUAUAGUAACCUUCACACUUCUAUGACCCAAUAUAGUAGAUAUCAUCAGAGAAAAUACAACAUAUUAGGUAUAAUAAACCUGUUUCCCACCUUCUAAAUACACUUUUUAACAUCAUUAGAGCCCUCUAGAGAUGAUAUAACACCCCUAUAGUCACGUUUACACUUCUAUGACCCAAUAUAGUACACAUCAUAAGAGAAAAUAAGACAUAUUAGGCAUAAUAAACCUGUUUACCACCUUGUCAGUACACUUUUUAACAUCAUUAGAGCCCUCCAGACAUGAUAUAACACCCCUAUAUUCACCUUUACACUUCAAAGACCCGAUAUAGCAGACAUCAUAAGAGAAAAUACAAAAUAUUAGGCAUAAGAAACCUGUUUACCAUCUUCUAAAUACACUUUUUAACAUCAUUAGAGCCCUCUAGACAUGACAUAACACCCCUAUAGUCACCUUUACACUCCCAUUACCAAUAUAGUAGACAUUAUAAGAGAAAAUACGACAUAUUAGGCAUAAUAAACCUUUUUACCGCCUUCUAAUCACAUUUUUUAACAUCAUAAUAACAGAAAAUAAGAUUAGUGCUGGUGUGUUUGUUGAUCCAAAAGGAGUUAAAAAAAACCUCCAAAUGAAUCAGAGCCUCACCAGACAUGAACCUCACCACACGUGCCUGGCAAGAAAUAUAAUUUUUAUAUUCAAUUGGAAAAGAUAGCCUGAUGAACAAAAAUCUCGGCUAGUGCAAGCUAAUUAGCUGGACAUGCUAUAUUAGCAGCCAGUGUGUUAUUCCGUGCUUUUUUUUUUUUUUUAAAGCUUUCUUUAUUUACACGCCACAUAUGGCGCUUUGUGUUGACGCUACGGAGGACAAGUUUGUUUUUGUUGCUGGUAAACUUGUCGGCAAUGUCAAAGAAAUAUGUUUCCAUGAAAAAGCAUCUUUUCCCCCAACGGCUGGAUGAGAAUGUCAUCAUUUGAUUGACAGCCAGCGGCAUCAAGAUAAAAGCAAAAAUCUUUUGUGUGAAUAUUAACUGCUUGUUUGUU